AUGGGGGAUAUUCCAGGAGGUUCUAGAAUGCUCAGGACAAUGACCAGACUCUGCUUCCUGUUAUUCUUCUCUGUGGCCACCAGCGGGUGUAGUGCAGCACGGGCCUCUUCUCUUGAGAUGCUCUUGAGGGAGUUCCAAACCUGUGCCUCCUCCUUUUCUUCCCUGCCUAGAAGCUGCAAAGAAGUCAAGGAAUGCUGCCAUAGUGCGGGUGAUGACCUGUAUUUUCUCUGCACCGAGAAUGGUGUUGUCUACCAGACCUUCUGUGACAUGACCUCUGGGGGUGGUGGCUGGACCCUGGUGGCCAGCGUGCACCAGAAUGACAUGCAUGGGAAGUGCACGGUGGGCAAUUGCUGGUCCAGUCAGCAGGGCAGCAAAGCAGACUACCCAGAGGGGGACGGCAACUGGGCCAACUACAACACCUUUGGGUCUGCAGAGGCAGCCACGAGCGAUGACUACAAGAACCCCAGCCACUACAACAUCCAGGCCAAGGACCUGGGCAUCUGCCAUGUGUCCAACAAGUCCCCCAUGCAGCAUUGGAGAAACAGCACCCUGCUGAGAUACCGCACCAACACUGGCUUUUUCCAGAGACUGGGACAUCAUCUGUUUGGCCUCUACCAGAAAUAGCCAGUGAAAUACGGAUGACGGAAAUGUUGGAAUGACAACGGCCCAGCCAUACCUGUGGUCUAUGACUUUGGUGAUGCUAAGAAGACUGCAUCUUGUUACUCACCAUAUGGUCAACGGGAAUUUGUUGCAGGAUUUGUCCAGUUCUGGGUGUUUAAUAAUGAGAGGGCAGCCAAAGCCCUUUGUGCUGGGAUAAGAGUUACUGGCUGUAACACUGAGCAUCACUGCAUCAGUGGAGGAGGGUUCUUCCCACAGGGCAAGCCCUGUCAGUGUGGGGACUUCUCUGCCUUUGACUGGAAUGGAUAUGGAGCUCGCAUUCGGAGGAGCUGCAGUCAGGAGAUAAUGGUGGCAGCUGUACUCUUGUUCUAUAGAUGAGAGACAGCUCUGCAGUGUCGGGGUGAGAACCCAUCUUCCAACCCCGGCUAUUUGGAGACAGAAAAACCGGAAUUCUAACAAGGAGAAGAAGAGACUAAAUUACAUCAAUCUGCAACUCUA